AUGAAGGCUUCUCUAGUACUCUGCCCUCUCAGCCUGCUGAUAAGCAGUGCCAUGGGCGUCGACAUGAGUAAAUAUGAAGCAGAAAGUGGCGUCGAUGCUUCAUUCGAGCCGUUUCUUGAAGCCCUGUACGCUUCCGCAGAGGAUUACAAAGCAACCGACACUUUCACCGACUACUUCGUCCCGGAGACCGGCCGACUGGUUGUCCUUGAGAACGUUGCGCAGGGCCCCGACGCCAUCGUUAAGCUCAAGGAAGCGCUGCUCCCACCGACAGGUGAGAAGCACUGGAACCACCUGCCCAACGUCACGUCUGUGUACUCCGAGAGUGCCACCGAGAAAAUCUACAACGUUCUCGGAGUCAUUCAAACGCGAUUCGAUGGCGGUAACUGUUCUGCAGCAUACUACUCCAGCCGCUUCACAGUUAAGAAAGACAGUGACGGUAACGUCUUGAACCAGCCGCACAGCGGUAGUCUCGCCUUGUACGAUGACUACAUUGUGAGCCCUGCUGAAUCCCCCACGCACAUUCCUUGCUAG